CACAAAAACAGAGUCAACGAUGGGUGAGCAGGUGGUCAAGUGGCUUCAACGGUGACCUUUUUAAAGGAAACCCUAGAUUCUGAUUGAACCUUAGAAUAUCAGAUUUAUAGCAAUUACACUUAUCAUUUAGCAAAGAGCCACAAAAGAGGGUCUCAAGGGCUGCAAGGAUUCAUCGACUCCGACAUCGGAGUUGCAGCCCCGCCACCCACCCCCGUACCCCAAAUAUAUCUCACACAUCAUCCUCAUUCUCUCUUAUCCCACCAAUAAUAUAACCCAUCAAAAUCAGACCUUUACUCUUUAUUGUUUGUUUCUCCACAAGAAAAAUGGGUUCUUGCGAAAAGCUGUAAACCCCAUUUUCUAGUUUUACAUUUUCUUGUGAUUCUUUGCUUUUUAUUGGGUUUUUAGGUUUUGUUUACGGGGAGGGUGAUGGCUCAAAAUGGGCAGGGGAUAGAGCCUGCAGUUCUUGAUGAUAUAAUCAACAGGCUUUUGGAGUUUAGGAAUGCAAGAACUGUUAGGCAGGUUCAGCUUUCAGAAGCUGAGAUUCGAUCCCUCUGUACUGCUUCUAAAGAAAUCUUCCUUCAGCAGCCCAAUCUUUUGGAGCUUGAAGCCCCUAUCAAGAUCUGUGGUGACAUUCAUGGGCAGUACGGUGAUCUUCUGAGGCUUUUUGAAUAUGGUGGAUUUCCUCCCGAGGCUAAUUAUUUGUUUUUAGGGGACUAUGUUGACCGUGGCAAACAGAGUUUGGAAACUAUAUGCCUUCUACUUGCUUACAAAAUUAAAUACCCGGAGAACUUCUUUCUGUUAAGAGGGAAUCAUGAAUGUGCUUCUAUUAACCGAAUAUAUGGAUUUUAUGAUGAAUGCAAGCGCCGAUUCAAUGUGAGGCUGUGGAAAACCUUCACUGAUUGUUUCAACUGUCUUCCUGUGGCAGCUCUCAUAGAUGAUAAAAUACUUUGCAUGCAUGGUGGUCUUUCUCCUGAUCUGACAGACUUAGAUGAGAUAAGGAAUUUACCUCGUCCAACAGAUAUUCCAGACUCCGGUUUGCUUUGCGAUUUACUUUGGUCAGAUCCUAGUAGGGAAGUUAAAGGUUGGGGUAUGAAUGACAGGGGUGUCUCAUACACCUUUGGUUCUGAUAAAGUGGCAGAAUUCUUGAUGCAACAUGAUAUGGACCUUGUUUGUCGGGCCCAUCAGGUUGUGGAGGACGGCUAUGAAUUUUUCGCUGAAAGGCAGCUAGUCACAAUAUUUUCUGCACCAAACUACUGUGGCGAAUUUGAUAAUGCUGGUGCUAUGAUGAGUGUGGAUGAAAAUUUGAUGUGCUCUUUUCAGAUUCUGAAGCCAACAGAUAGAAAACCUCGGUUCUUAUGAAGCAAAAGGUGAUAGCUUAUAUCUAUGCUCUCCAGGGCACCUAAGAAAUGCUUAUGUGCUGGUAAAGAGCAGUUGAAGAUGCUGGCUUUUGUAAUGUUCAUCGUACAAGCAUGUUUUCCGAUGAAGGAAGCUGGGCGGUCUGUUAAGGGCCAUGUGUUAUGAGAUGAAAAUUUACCUAACUGUAGUUUGUGUCGGUGGCCUCAAAGGCUAGAAUCAUUUUCCUCUGUAUUUUAUUGGCGGUUCAUUUAUCUUAUUUAAAUUUGCUCGUGCAAUCUAUGAUUUAACGUGUAAAUACACUGUUUGUAAUUGCAGUGCAAUCUUAUUUAAGUGGUUGAUACUAACAAGUUUGCCUCCUUCCA